GUAUUUUAUAUUACAUUCUUUAUAAUUUAUAUUUUAUAAUUUUAUAAAUGAUCAAUGUGUAUCAUAGUGAUUAAUGAUUAUACUUCGUUUAAAACGCGUAUUAUAUUUUUCCAAUUUCAAUGAAUGAAUUCAUCUAUACUUAUGAUUCGUCUACAACGUGUUUAAAUUCUUAUUUUCGGCAUUAUAUACAGAUGGCAGUAUUAUCAUAUUAUUCUGAGCUCGUAUAACCAUGCAUUCAGAUGCAUUUUAUGUCGUAGCGAGUAUAAUGACGAAAGAUUUUCUUUUAUAUAACUUUUUCUUUAAUUGAUUUUGCUGUUUAGAUAUGCGUACGAUAACAAUUGAUAAAAAAAUAGGUGGUUCCUACACAUUCUAAUAAUAUUAUUACAAUAUGAUGAAAUGUUUGAAACCAAGAUUAAUAACUUUCGAUGUAACUGGAACAUUAUUAAUGACGAAGUUAGAAGAACAUUAUAUUGAGGUCGGACGUAAAUAUGGUUUAUCAAUCGAACCUCGUCAAUUGGCGCAAAGUUUUAAAUACAAUUUUCGGCGUCUUGCUGUUGAACAUCCCAUAUAUGGAAAAUAUACCGGCCUUGGAUGGGAAAAUUGGUGGAGAACGAUCGUUUACAAUGUAUUUAAAGAUCAAAACAAGAACAUUCCUUCUGAAACUCUUGACCAGGUUGCAAAUACCCUGAUAGAAUGUUACAGUACAAGUAAAUGUUGGCAUAUGUAUCCAGGGACAAUCGAAUUACUCGAAUGCCUUCGUAAAUACAGAAUUGUUUUAGGAGUGAUAUCCAAUUUUGAUGAGAGAUUGGAACCAAUUCUAAUUGAUCUCAAGAUUAGACCGUUUUUUUCCUUUGUAUUAACAUCGUACAACUUUGGCAAAGAGAAGCCGGAUGUAUCAAUAUUCGUUGAAGCUCUACGAUUAGCAAAUGAAGAUCAAAAAGUAGACAUCGUACCUCAAGAGGCUAUACAUAUAGGCGAUAUGAUAGAUAACGAUUAUCUUGGUGCCAAAAAUGCACAAUGGAAUGCACUUUUAAUCAGUCAUGAACAAAAAUCUAUAAACGAAAGAGAAGUUUGUAAAGAAGAUAUUUUUAUAAAUCUUCAAGAUCUACAAAGGCACUUUGAAAUAUUUUUAAAUAAAAUAGAAGAUCAAAAAAAGGUUUGAAUUAUCAUAAAUAAUAUGAAGAUAAUCUUUUAAGUAGUAGCAUAUUAAUAAAAAUUAAAAAAUUGUUAAAUUUUAUGCAAUGACUUCGUAGUAUAAUUCUGUCAACUAUAGAAGCUUUGUUUAUUUUUAACUUUAUGAUACUGUUAGAUACUAAUAUAUUUUAUUGAACAUAUGUUAUUCACAUAAUAAAAAAAGAAAUUGUAUAAAAUAUUUUAAACUUUUUUAUACAAUUUAUUUUUUGUUAGAUUUUCAACAUAUGUACAUACAUAUGUACUUUUAAAAUAGAUUGGAAAUAUGCACUUUUAUUUUCAUAUUCAAUCAUAUGCCUAGAAACUAAUCAUGCAAAUAGAUAGAUAUAUAUUAAAUACCUAAUAUUUUAUUUUAAUACCUUAUACAACAAAAAUACAUAAAAUGUAUACAAAUGUAUAUAAAAUGUGUAUAUAAAAAAGUAUCAAUUACAUUUGAUAGUUUUACUUAUUCAAAUAAAUGGAUACAUAGAAAGUAUUUAUAUCUUUCUUUAUCUUCAAAGUCUUGACUGCAUACCACCACUAGCAAUAAUUGUUUCCCCAGUAAUAUAUGAUGCAUCAUCACUUGCUAAAAAGGCAGCAAUGCCACUUAUCUCAUCUGGCUUUCCAAUUCUUCCUAGUGGAAUUUUUUCUAUAGUAGCUACUUUUAUUGAUUCAGAUUUGUGCAACUGUUGUAAAAUAUCAAAGAUUAAUUUUCUUUUUUGUGGAGAUAGAAAUAUAAACAAAUUAUAAAAACAUACUGGCUCUGAGAAUUUGGUUUCGAUAAUACCAGGGGCUAUGCAAUUGACACGAAUUCCAUAUGUAGAUAAAUUUUCAGCAGCAGCUUUACAAAGUCCUAACAAUGCUGUUUUACUAACCGAAUAAACUCCAAAAAGCUGAAAUUGUAUAAAACUGAAUAUUGGCAAUGAUCUAAUUUAUAAUUAGAUUGUAUUCUAUAUUAAUUUAUAAACAAUAAUAGUACUUUGAUUAAUGUAUGAUAAAAAUACAUACAUUAAAUGGUUGAUAUCCUGUUAUAGAUGAUAUAAUAAUUAUUGAUGGUAAUUUACUCUUUUUUAAAAGAGGCAAAGAUUCUUUCAUAAGUAAAUAUGUACAUUUAACAUUAAUAUCAAAUAUUUUAUCCCACACUUCCUCUUCACUUUCUAGAACUGGUCCAACUUGUGGAUUUACUGCUGCAUUAGAAACCAAAAUAUCCAGACCUCCGAAUACAGAUAUUGUCUAAAACAUUUUUGUUAUUUGUUCUUAAUAAUCUAUAUAGUAAUUUAUAUAAUAUUGUAUAUAUAAAUUUUUGCAAUGUACUUCAUCAAAUAGUUUUUUUCUUUCUUCAGCUUUUCCUACAUGACAAACAGUACCAGCAACAGAUAAACCUUCUUGAAGUAAUUCAUCCACAGCUUUUUUUACAUUAGAUUCUUUUCUGCUAGAGAUCAUAACUUUGGCACCUUCCUGAGCUAAACGUUUCGCUAUAGAAUAUCCUAUCCUAUAAGAAGAUAUUAACUUGUUAAUUCUAAUAGUAUUGUUUGAUUAUAUAACAUUCUAUUUUGAUUGGAAAUUACACAUGUAUUUAUAUUCAUAUUAAAUAAAUGAAAUAAUCACCCAUUUGUAGAUGCUG